AUGGACGUUGGGGAGAAGGUUGGUGUGGCCUCGGAUAGAGCAGCGUUAUCGGCGGCUUUGCUGCUUGUAAACGGGGCUAGAAAGUGUCCGAUAGCCGCGGGCUACUCAAAUACAGAGUUUGCACAGAAACACAGUUUAAGUCCGGCACCUUCUCCUCCUCAGCUCCUCCACCUCGGGCGGGACUAUGCCAGAGACCGCCUCAGAGCGGUGUUUGCCAAAAACAAGUUGGUCCAGGACCCAGAGCAGAUCAAGGCGCUGAUUGCUCGGGGGAAGUACGUGGCCAGAGAGCUGGAGGCGCUCUACUACCUAAGGAAGUACAGAGCCAUGAAGAAACGCUACUACGAGGAGUGAAACGGCUGCAGAGUCUCAGGAA